CUUCAGGGAUUGGUCCGCGGGGUGCAACUACAUUUCCAAACGGCGCCUCAUCCAAAAUGGCCGCACCAUCAUCAUCCACCUCCUCCCAAGGGCGACUGGGCGUGGCAAGCAGCCUCCUUCACUCAUUGGAGCAAGGUAGAGAUCACGUGGCCGAGAUAGACCCAGCCCUCACGUCUCAGUUCACAGCGCAGGAGCUCCGUGAUCUGAGGAUGGUGUUUGACACCUUCGAUAAAGACAGGAAAGGAUACAUCGAUGCUUUCGACCUCCGGAGGGCGUUGAGAGUUCUUGGGUUUAAGCUUUCUCAUGAGCAAAUAGAUGAGGCGAUAGCGGACAUUGGCCGACGAAUAGGUGAGGUGAGUUUCUCAGACUUCGUUGAGCUGGUCGCUCACCGACAGGGCGACUCAAGGGAUAUCUACGGUGAGAUACAUCAGGGCUUCGACAUGAUGGACUACGGAAAGAAAGGAUGCUUGACAACCGAUGACCUCAAGCUGGUUGCUAAGGAAGUCGGGGUCAAAGUCAGCGACAGUAUGAUCAAAGAGAUGAUCGAAGAGGCAAGCAGCAGUGGUGACAACACUCUCAGCAGAGACGAGUUUGUUGCCGUAAUGUUGCAGACAAACAUGUUCAAAGAAUGAGUAUACCUUUCGACAAAGUAUUGUAGAGAGACGAGUUUGUUGCCGUCAUGUGAAAGACAAUCAGGGGACAAACACUGUUGCCGUCAUGUGGAAGACAAUCAGGGGACAAACACUGGCAACCUUUAUUCUUGAUAUCGCGCUGCUGACAGACUGAUGUACAAAGACUGACAGAACAGUGCAAUAUGGUUAGACGAUUUGGAUAUGUAUGCCAUCUUGUUGCAGAGUGCAGACAGACAUGUUCAAGGAUUUAGCAUAGUUUACACCAACCAUUUCCAGAGGAGUUCGUUGUCAUUGAUGUUGCAGACAAGUAGGCAUAACAAGUAACAACUGACACCAAUCUUCAGUGUUACCGGAAGAAAGGGAUUUGUUGCAAGAAAGACAUGUACAAAGAUUACAUGGCAGCAAACUACGUCUUAAAGAGAAAAGGGUCUGUUGCUGCCAUGUUGCAGACAAAAAUGGACUGAAAACAAUGUAUUUACUACACCAUCAGAUGAAGUUUUGUUGCCAUUGUGUUACAGGCAUCCUUUCUAACAGACUAACAAAACUCGGCAACACCAGAAGAGACGUGCUUCUUGCCGCUAACGGAUAUGUUACAGACAGACGUGUUCGAAGACCGACAACAAUCUGCAAAGCACUACAACAAUUGUAGAGUGUGUGGUUGAAGUGUUGCAACCACACAUGUACACAAAGUGAAAGUAGCCGGCAGCAAGUCGAGCAUAGACGAGUCUGUGUCAUUAUCUUGUGGACAGACAGACGCUGUUGCUGAUGCUGUAGGGUAAAUGGCCCCAAUUGCUUUUGCCUGCAGAUUACCGUCCACGCAACGCCAUUACGACUAUUGUCUUUCUUCGACUAUUUUGUAUGCUUCCUUGAGGACAAUGCCCCCCCCCCCCCCCCAUAGUGAUUGAUGUGUUGAUGUUACAUUUGAGGAUGACCCCCACCUCAUUGGUAAUUUAACUGAUAUCAAUAAUUUAUGUCCGGAGACACACCAGUAGACCGGACAACCCACUAUAACGAAAGCCAACAAGACCGAAUAUGCCGGUGUCUACUAUGACCUCAGAGAAGUUUCGCGAAUUUAUCCCCAGAUAACAUUUGAAAAUGACCACGGACCGACUAAGAUUGUCGGUCUAAUGGGCUGUCAGUCUCGUUCGCUGUCGUUCUCGAGGGUUGUCGCUCUCUAGGCCGUAGCCUAGCAGCCCAAAAUCAAUUUCAUGCAGAGUAAUGACGCAUAAUAAAUGACAAUCUACGUCAAUCUUAUCUUGUUUUACAGUAUUCAAUUUAUUAAUUCUUAACGACAUUGUGCUGUUGAAUCUUAUUUUCAGUGAGAUUUACAAAUGCCAAUCCUCGGCAACGAGCUACAAAUAAAUAAUACAAGUACAUUUUAAUAUCUAUGGUAC